UUGUCGACGCACCUGAAAAAACGACCGGGUUGCGCGGUGCUCACCAGGAAGUGCGAAGAGACAGAUGUGUCUCCUGUCCCAGCUCAGUUGUCUCAUGUCUGCGGGUUCAUCCCUGUCCCUGUUGACCCCCCCCUGAGCCCACUCGCCCAGAGAAGACGGGACCGCGAGCCGCCGGAGGACAGACGGUCUUUUGAACAAUGCCCCGCAGAAAGAGAACCGCCGGAAGCAGCUCGGACGGGACCGAGGACUCGGACUUUUCCGCCGAUCUCGAACAAGUCGAAGUUUCCGAGAGCGCGCACCGGCGCAGCAGCACGCGCCUGACCCGCGCGUCCCUGCGCCUCAGCCGAAGCUCACAAGAUAACGGCAGCUCAGUGCGGAGCAGUUCUCCUGCAGCAGUGGGAUCCGAUGAAGGCCUGGACUCAGCAUCGGAGCCGGCAGCGCGCUCAGCAGUGACGGCGUCCGUCUUCUCCUCCGGGCGCAGGGUCACACGCAGCCAACAGGGGGCGACAAACAACACAACCAAAAGAUACCCGCUGCGUCAGAGUCGGUCGUCUGGGUCCGACACUGAGGCUAAUGCAGAUCUAAAGCCGUCCGAGGACCGGGACGAGACCCCUCCCCGCACCCCAACAGGCAACGCCCCUUCCUCAGAGUCAGACAUCGAGGUUUCCAGCCCGAGCAACGACCUCGUGUCUUCCAGCAACGAUAUUGUAGUUUCACAAGAGGAGGACGAGAGAUUGGCUAAAGAGCUGUCACUCAAAGAGGCCGCCGCCCAUGACCUCUCUCACCGGCCCAAGCGACGGCGCUUCCACGAGAGCUACAACUUCAACAUGAAGUGUCCGACGCCCGGGUGCAACUCGCUGGGUCACCUAACAGGGAGACAUGAGAGACACUUCUCCAUAUCAGGAUGUCCUCUCUACCACAAUCUGUCUGCGGACGAGUGCAAGGGCAAGGCAUCGACCCGCGACAAACAGGCUGAGGAGAGGACACUGUCGCACCGUCAGGAUGAGAACAGACAUUCCACAAGAAACCAGGCUCCGACAGAGCGGCAGCUGCGCUACAAGGAGAAGGUGACGGAGCUGAGGAGGAAGAGGAACUCUGGCCUCAAUAAGGAGCAGAAGGAAAAGUACAUGGAACACCGUCAAAGCCACGGGGCGAGCCGGGAGCCGCUGCUGGAGAACAUCACCAGCGACUACGACCUCGAGCUGUUCAGGAAAGCGCAGGCACGUGCCUCGGACGACCUUUCUGCAAACCCUCCUCUGCAGCCAAAGGAGGAGUCUGAGAUAUUUUUGGAGAAGCUCCGUCUGUCCGGUCAGGUGUCGGAAGGCAGCAACAUGAUAAAGACCAUCGUGUUUGGUCGUUAUGAGCUGGACACCUGGUACCACUCUCCGUAUCCGGAGGAGUACGCCCGCCUGGGGAGGCUCUACAUGUGCGAGUUCUGCCUGAAGUAUAUGAAGAGCCAGACCAUUCUACGCAGGCACAUGGCCAAGUGUGUGUGGAAGCAUCCUCCAGGGGACGAGAUCUACAGGAAGGGAAACAUCUCCGUCUUUGAGGUGGAUGGAAAGAAGAACAAGAUUUACUGCCAGAACCUGUGUUUGCUGGCCAAACUCUUCCUGGACCACAAGACCCUGUAUUACGAUGUUGAACCUUUCCUCUUCUAUGUGAUGACCGAAGCCGACAACACAGGCUGCCACCUCGUUGGAUACUUCUCUAAGGAGAAGAAUUCUUUCCUGAACUAUAACGUGUCCUGCAUCCUCACCAUGCCUCAGUACAUGAGGCAGGGCUAUGGCAAGAUGCUCAUAGACUUCAGUUACCUGCUGUCUAAGGUGGAGGAGAAGGUGGGUUCACCCGAGCGUCCCCUGUCCGACCUGGGCCUCAUCAGCUACCGCAGCUACUGGAAGGAGGUGCUGCUGCGCUACCUGAACAAUUUCCAGGGCAAGGAGAUCUCCAUCAAAGAGAUCAGUCAGGAGACGGCGGUGAACCCGGUGGAUAUCGUCAGCACAUUGCAGUCCCUCCAGAUGCUCAAAUACUGGAAGGGAAAGCAUCUGGUUUUAAAGAGACAGGACCUUAUCGAUGACUGGAAGGCCAAGGAGACCAAACGGGGAAACGGCAAGACCAUAGAUCCCACAGCCUUAAAAUGGACACCUCCUAAAGGGACGUAGAGACGCUUCACACUCCAAACACCUUAAAACACACACCCAGUCCCAUCCUCCGCUGUGCACUGGCAUGCUCACACACCCUGAGACUAAACCCUCACACGCACUCUUGUACAAAAAGCUUUCCGCAGCUACAGUCGUCAGCUUUUACUCUGGGUUCAAGCCGUCACUGUCACGACUCGGGAAACUGACUUCAGUCCAACCAAUCGUUUUAAAUACGACUAGAAAAAGAAAAUGAAGCACAGUUUGUUGGAUGUUUCAAACAUUUAAAGAUCUGGUUCUGCAAAACCAAGCUUAGAAUUCAAUUCUUAUCUGCACAGAAAUAUAGGUAUAGAACCCAAACAUGAGAAUUAAUGGUAGCUAAAAGUGAAACAAGCAGAUGCACUGAAAUCCCUGAGGUAAAGUGUAACAUUAGAGUUAUGCUUUCCAUUUACUCGCCUCUGGCUUUAUCACCACUGUCCUUCGAACAGAGUUUGAACACUAUCACCUUUUACAAUGACUGAUACAUUUAAAAAUGGAGUCUGGCAAAUUCUGGUAGCAGCCGUCGAGGUGCUAGCUUCACAGAGGCAAGGGGGGGGGGGCUCAGACGUGAAACAGGAAUGCAAACACUGCAACACAAAUACAGAUGUGGACAAUGACAAGAGCAGAUUAACUUUUGGUUGUGUUUCCUUUGUAUUGAGAGGGCGGAGACGGCAACACAAUCGAUUAGAGUCCCAUUGUACGAAGGGGGAACAAAGGACCAUGUCAAAUAAAUAUAUUCUAUUGUUAUUUAUAAAUUCAUUAUUUUAAGUUAUCUCUCAAAUUGUAAUUUAAUUAAACAAUUCCUACAUUUUAUUUAUGAGAUAGGAUUAUAUACGUCAUGAUGAACUAAGAUUAUUGUCCAGCGAUGUAGUGAUGUGUUCUCUGCAGUCGCAGCCGCUGCUCGACCUCAUUUGUCAGCCGAUGAGUGAAAGUAAUUGUGCGUUGUUAGCGCACCUCCUUCCAGACACCAGACACCCCCGCUAAUCCCAUCUCCCACAGCCGGGGUCUGUGCUGCAGUUCAUUCUGAGACGGAGACACGUCGGCGGCUCGCUGACACAGACCAGCUGGACGUGAUUAAACUGAACAAGGGUUCAAACUGCUUCAGGGUCGUUGGGGCAGGAACCAAGACCUCGAUUUAUCCUCCAGGUCACCAGAGAAAACCGAGUUCCGUGAUCUCAGUUAAAUAUUAACAAUAUCGUUUUUAUUCUCAAUGUGAAACUGCAGCUGGUUUUGGUUGAAAAGUUUAUAAGAGACAAAAUAAGAACAAAUCAAAAAUGUCCCCCAGAGGAAACAGUGGCUGUUUGAAUUCAGAGCAAAAGAAUUCCACUUCUCUCUCGUGCAACAAACUCACAGUGUCCCCGUAUUUAACCGAGCGCCGUCGUCACUUCCCCAGGAAGCUAUAGCUGCCAUUGGCCAUGUUUGUGCCGUGUUCUGUCACCAGGACGGGUGUCACCACGUACAUUCUGUCAGUGAAGAGGAAGCUCAGCUGCUCACAAACAUGUCGCUGUGUUUUCUGUGAUCUUCGUGUCGACCUUGUUAAAGUUCUCAAACAUAUUUUACACUUUUUCUACCUCUAAGGUUUUACCACUGUACGAAAGCUCCGACGGCCCAUUUCUACCGUGUUCUUUUUUUAUCGUGUGUUAAUGUGAAAAAUAUUUAGCUGUGUUUGCCCAGCAAGGUUUUUCUUUGAUUAGAUUUUUAAAAAAAAUAUGCUAUUUAUAUUCUUAAAAAAAACGACAUUAACUGCGUAGAACGUACAGUAACAGACCGAGUCUGGUGGAGGACGUCGACUCUGUGGCACUGGCUUUUAUUGUGAAUAGAAAUAUUUAUUUAAAGAUUCUAUGUAGAUUUGAAUGUGUUUUAAAGAACUUACCGGAAUCGCCACCUUCAAAUACGACCACAGUCAUUUUCCUUUCAGACCCUCACCUGUUAUCAGAGGUGACGUUUGAUGAAUCCAAACCUCUGCACAUUGUCACUGUUUGUUAACACACACGCUGCUGCAGGAGUAAACACAACAACACAUCCUGUCUGCGUUGAGCCAGGGAGCGCGUUCUGCAGCUUGAGUUGCUCUGAGGACUCGUUUACAUUCAGAGUUCAGAGAGAAGAUCGAUGCUGCUCUCACGUGUGAAGGAUGAAAACAGAUAACCAGGGUUCACGUUGUCGCCGGUCUCCAGCACAGGAUCCAUCAAACUGGCCCCUUUUACAGGUUACAGCCAUUUGACCAGAGAGUCUGAUUGAAUCCUUUCACUCACAAAAGCCAGAUGUUAGUGGUUUAUUCGUGGAAAGGGGUCUUUAGGGAUCUUCGGAGGUUCCUGUGGCCCGAGUCCUGCUCGCAGUCUUAAUGCUGAGAGGCUUUACAGGCGACGUACUUCCUGUGGACACGUGAGAGUGGAAGCACAGUUACUCAGAAAGAAAGUGAAUCUGUGUAUUUCCCCCGAAUGUCCAACUGGUCCUUGAAGUGUCCGACGGCAGUUGGCUGUGAAAUUGAAGGUGUGUGUCCAACGACGUCAGAUUGAAUCAGCUUCUUUCCCAUAAUGCUUUGUACCUUCUGGAUCUUUAGUGUCACAAUUUAAAACAUGGACGAAUCUUUUUCUUUCACAAACUACAGACUGAUUUGUUUUUUAUUCUGUUGCCUUCAAAGUGCUGAGGAUGUUUUUUCUCUGUGUCUUAUUUUCUCGUUGUUUCAAUUUGUCUGUGUUUAACCUGUUAAUCUUUUUCUUUAAUCUUGUGAUUCAUGUUCCUGUUUUCUUCAAAUCUAAAUAUCAACAGUUUCAAACGUGAUCCUUUUAGCAGCUGUUCUCAAUAAACCUCUGAAACGUGCUACUGAGCUAAAGUUUGUUUACAGGAAAGUGCACUUCAUUUUUAAAGGGUUUCAAAGUAAAAGUCUGUCCUUAAACAACCUCCUGAUGAUAAAGUUCCAUAUGUGUCUGUGGCAAUUUAGUUUUUGCUGAGUUAACGUUGAGUUUUGCUUUCGGUGCCUCUAAGUCCAUCAUCUUCAGAGAGAGAAUAUGUUCUCACAGUUAAAACACGCGUUGGUUUCUAAACGUGUCCUUUGAGGAAACCCGUCUUUCUUGAUGUCUAUUUUUGUUUCUCUCGCCUGUUUUUCAUCCUGUUGUCUCGUUGUCGUCCUCGGUGCCAGUGGCAGCUAUAGACACGUUCAGAGCAUUUCACUGAUUAUUCAUUAUCUGGCUCCCAGUUACUAACUAGAGUCCCUCCAUCACCUUCCGUAGGCCAGCGAGCUGUCGUAGAUCCGCUUCCUGUUCAAAUGAUGCACACAAAGCAGCGACACACAAACGUAGCGUGGCAUCGAUGUGUAGCUCAGUUGUGUUUUUUGUAUUUGCUUCUACCCGUCGACUUCCUCUUCAAUAAACACAAAUGGUGAUCUUC